AUGCUUCGUCCGAAUCUGCAAAGACUUGAAUCUUGGAGAGAAAGCCUGCCAGCUCAUAUGGUUUCUGAGACUGGAAAUAAUACAAAUGAGCGUAUAAAAUCACUGCCCUUCAAGCGUUCCCUAGCUAAGAUGCACCUGCGUUUCAACCAUUGCAUAAUACUUUUACUAUGGCCGCUUAUUCUAAGACAAGUACCUUGUAUAUUCUCAGAUGAGAAAUUAAAUACAACCCAGGAGGAUCUAGAAUAUAUUAAUAACAACUGCCUUAGGUCAGCGCGGUUAAAUGUGCUCAUCAUGAUCAAUGUGCAGUCCGCUGGUCUAAUCAUUAAUGCGCGGCGACCUGGAAGCUUUAAAGAGACACCGGAUGAUAUAAAAACAUAUCAGUCGGGUAAAAGUGUCCUUACUUAUAUGAUGAAAUGUGGAACCUUGGCUGCAAGGGGAUAUCUGAGCAUGGUAAAGAAGUCGAGGACAUAG